AUGAAAUUUCGCAAACACAUUAGAAGCAAACGUUUAACUAAUGUUUCUCAGGUCGGUAUUGAUCGAAUUGUUGAUUUGAAAUUUGGAGAAGAGGAACGAAGUUGUCAUGUAAUUGUUGAACUAUAUGAUAGAGGAAAUGUUGUCCUAACAGACCAUGAAUAUACAAUUUUGAAUAUAUUAAGGCCGAGAACUGAUCAUGAUACGGAUGUUCGAUUUUCUGUUAGGGAAAGGUAUCCUCUCGAACAGGCGAGACAAUCUUCACAAUUCAGACCAACAGAUGAAAAUAUUUUGCUUUUGUUGAAUGCAAAGAAGGGUGAUUCACUUAAAAAAUCGUUGGUUUGUAAUGUUCCUUUUGGAGCACUUCUUCUUGAUCAUGUUUCUACAAAAAUUGGUGUUCCUCUGACUGCACAGAUUGGUACUGAUAUUCCAGUAAAUGAUGAGGGCGUUAAAAUAGUUGCUAAGAUUUUGGAAGAAGCAGAAAAGGUGGCUGAUGAUAUUAUAUCUACAUCGCACGGUGGAUUUAUUGCAUAUGAGGAAAAGGAAAGUCAAGAAGGCACUCCAAUCCAGUUAUUUAAGGAAUACUUCCCUUAUGAUUUUAUCCAAUUUCGCAAUAAAUCUCUUAAUAAUUUGCAUAUUCUUGAAACAAAAACAUUUAGUGAAGCAAUUGACAAAUAUUAUUGGACAAAUGAAGCACGAAAAAGCAAACAGCAGGAUGGGGGAAAUAUUAAACGUGACCAUCAAAAAAGAAUACAAUCAUUGAAUGAAAUAAAAGAAAUUCAGAAAAAACGAGGAGAAUUUAUUAUUUACAGUAAAGAUUUAGUGGAACAAGCGCUUUUGAUUGUUAGAACAGCUUUAGAUAAUCUCAAAAAAGUCAAUAAAUCAUUAGCCGCGAACAAUCGAGGGCCUAAAUUAGCUCCAAAAACGGGAGUUGGUUUGUGGUUAGAGGAACUAGCAAAUAUGGGAGAACAGCCUGCAGCAAGAUUGAUAUGCAAAUUGAAGUUAGAAACAAAUCGAUUUACAAUGCGCCUUACGAAUCCAUAUGAUGAAUCAGAUAAAGAAUUAAAUGUCGAAUUGGAUUUAUCUUUAAAUGCAGAACAAAAUGCCCGACGUCAAUUCGAAGAGAAGAGAGCAGCCGAACAGAAAAAAGAAAAAACAGAAGCUGCUACAAAUAAAGCUUUAAAAUCAGCAGUUAAAUCAGCCAAAAUAAAAGCUGAUAUUAAAUCUACACAGACAAAAGUUAGGAAAACAAAUAUUAUUCAUGCUCGAAAAACUUACUGGUUUGAAAAAUUUCUUUGGUUUGUAAGCUCCGAUGGCUUUUUGAUAUUGGCUGGUCGUGAUGCACAGCAAAAUGAAUUGUUAGUUAAGCGUUAUAUGCGACCAGGAGAUAUUUAUGUUCACGCAGAAAUACAGAACAGAGAAAAUCAUUCCUCCGAGGAAUGGACGCCACCACAUAAAACUUUGAACGAAGCAGGAACCUUUGCUGUUUGUUUUUCUUCUGCUUGGGAAGCAAAUGUUUCGGUUACUGCUUGGUGGGUACGGCAUGAUCAGGUAUCAAGAACUGCCCCAGCAGGUGAAUAUUUAGUUGCUGGUUCAUUUAUGAUUAGAGGAAAACGAAACUUCCUCCCCAGUUGUCCGCUUCAAUUGGGAUUUGGAUUAAUGUUUAAACUGGAUGAUGAAUCGGUAGAAGCCAGAAAAAUAAAAGAAAAGAAAACACCUGACAAAAACACACAAAAUGAUGAUGAAUCUGUAAUUUGUUUGGAAGAUGAAUUAAUUGAAGGAAGCAGUGAUUCCGAUACGGUAGAAGGGGCAGAAGACUUUCCUGAUGUUAAGGUUGGAUUUAAUAUGUUUAAAUAA